AUGGCAACAAAAGCUAUAUGUCCUGAUUGUGAUAAACAAGAAGGUAUUGUACCUUGUGUUGGAUGUAAAAAGAUUUUUUGUGUUAAACAUUUUCAAGUUCAUCGUCAAAAUCUUUCAGUUGAACUUGAAAAUGUUGUGACUCGACGUAAUACAUUACAAGAAUAUUAUUAUAAUACAAUUGCACCAACGAUUGAUCCAACAAAAUUUGAUGCUUGGACUAAAAUUGAUGAAUGGGAACAAGAAUUAAAAGAACAACUACGAAAAACUGCUGAUGAUGCUAGAAAACAACUUGAUAUAUAUUCUAAACAAUCACGUACUCAAAUUGAGUCUCAAUUAAAUCAAAUAACUGAUAAUAUUCAACAAAAAAUGGAACGAGAAAAUUUUAUAGAAGAAGAUAUUGAGAAAUUAACUCAUCAUAUCGAUGAAAUUGAAGAAGGUAUUGAAAAUAAGAAAUAUUAUCCACGUAUUGAAAUUAUUUCUCAACCAAUUGAUUGGAAAUCAUCAAUACAAGUAAAACUUUUAGUAGAAAAUGAACCGAAAAUUGAAAAACCAGAAGAACCAUCGACUCCAUCAUCUGUUACAUCAAUUGUUACAACGAAACCAAAAUAUCCACCAUCAAUUCAACGAAAAUGUGAUACCUGUGGAACAGAUACAUGGCAAAAAGAAUGUAAAUGUUGUGGUCAUACAUAUUGUGGUUGGCAUUUAAAACGACAUAAUCUUGAUCCAAAAAACAUUAAAAAAUAA